AUGUCUAAUAGUCAAUCAUUGAGGAAGUCUCAUAGCCGUUCUGAAUGCAGCAGCGUGAGUUCAAUAGAUAUUAGGAGGAUGGCUAGAGAAGAACUUGGAUACAAAUAUCGAUUUCUCCAAACUCCGAAAUCUUUUGAACUGGGAACUCCAGUCAUUAAGAAUUGCAAGAGAGUUGCUUCAAAGUUUAGAAACAGCUGUUCUGUUAGCAAGACUAGAAACAGACUUGCUCCGAUCGCUCACACUGUAGACAUUGUACUGGCUUCUCCUGCCAUCAACCCGGACAAUGGAAGUCUCUCUGAAACAAAUCUUGAACACAGACUGGAUCGACUGUGGAAGAUGAAGGUGAAGAAACAGAAUGUAUUGGGCAUGAGCAGCUUUAGUUUCACCCACUCCAAAGUUAUAAGGGUAAGAAGAAGAGCCACUCUGAUCAAAGUCCAUUUCCUUAAGAAAGCCUUCGGAGCUCUCAAUAAUAUGAGAAAGAUUACUAGUAGAAUAAGGAUUUUUACAAAUGCAUUUAAGUUCACAGGCCAGAAGGAUGUCAAGAGACAUCAUGCCUUGUCCAGAACUCCAGUGGUUAUGAGUAAGAAGCCACAGAUUUUGUCAUCAAUGCCUAGUCAGAAGAAUUUUAUAAGAAAUAAAGGAGAUUUCAUGGUCAGUCCUAAUAACUCUGACACUAAACCUAGUCAGAGAUCAGUGGCUAAGCUCAGCUCUUUCGGUAAACAUUUCAUCAAGAAUGCUGACAAGACAAAGAUCAAGAGAAGCUUUGCACUCAAGAAGAAAGUCACCAUAUGGAAUUCGCAGAAAAAGUAUGCCGUGAGAAUGAAAGCAAAGGUGAAGAAGCCCAUCAAAUCACAAGUUGUGUCUAAAGACAAAUAUGGGUUGAAAGAUCAAGUCUGGGCUGACAAACAGAACGGAGUUGAGUUCUUAAUCCUGGAUGACCAAAUCAAAACUACAAGGAAAAGACUUAAUCUGAAGCUUGGGAACUAUUAACUUUGUUUUCUCU